AACUUGAAGUUGUACAGUUGCUAUAACUGUUCACUGAUAUAUACUUAUGGUUCUUUUACGAUUUGCUCCGUCUCCAACUGGAGCAUUGCAUCUGGGAGGUCUACGAACUGCACUAUAUAACCACCUAUACGCUCGAAAACUGGGAGGAAAGUGGAUACUAAGGAUAGAAGACACAGAUUCCGCCAGAUAUGUACCUGGGUCUGUGGACGGAAUUCGCAGUGCAUUAGAGUGGGCUGGAUUGGGGUAUGAUCAUGGUCCAGGAAAAGAUGGCGCUCAUGGACCUUACUUUCAAUCUGAACGCUUAGAUCUUUACCACUCAUACACUCGGAAGCUCCUCGAUUCUGGCCAUGCCUACCGUUGUUUUUGCUCGUCUGACAAACUUAACUCAACUCGGGAGAAACUAGCGCGCACAGGAUCAAAUGUAACCUACGACAAAGCGUGCUUAAGCCUCACAGAAGAAGAAGUCGCACGCCGUGUUCGCGCUGGAGAAAAAUCAAUCGUAAGGCUAAAUGACGAUAGGCUUCCAAAACGUCAAACGCCGUCGGAUAUCAUAUUUGGUAUACUGAAGGACGCUCAUGCGUCUUUACCGACAGAUCCCGUUUUACUCAAGUCAGACCUGUUCCCUACUUAUCAUCUCGCCUCUAUUGUUGAUGACCAUGAAAUGGGCAUCACACAUGUGCUACGGGGAGAAGAAUGGCUUCCAUCUCUCCCUCUCCAUCUUGAUCUAUACUCCUGUCUUAACCUCAGUCCGCCCCAAUUCGCUCAUCUCCCAAUAUUAUUAAACCCAGACGGCACAAAAAUGUCGAAACGCAAAGGCGAUGUGCAGGUUCUUGAUUUCAUGCGUCGUGGCUGGGAGCCUGAGGCCCUAUUAAACUGGCUUGCACUAGCGGGCUGGGGGGUUCACCAUGAAAAUGGCGGUACUCCCGACGCAUCGCCUUCACGUACUUCUCUGCAAGCUCCUGACAGCACUACUUUGAUGUCGCUCUCAGAGCUUAUAGACCAGUUUGACUUGCCUUCAUUGACUCAUCGACGGAACAUCCUCGACCCGCUGAAAUUGGAAUAUCUCAAUAAACACCAUCUCAUGCGAAGCUGGCAGACAAACGAAGGAAUUGAAAUCCACGCCAAAAGAGUUUCUGAUUCUGUGAAAAUUGCUUUCCCCUCCAGCCCGUAUACGAGUAUCGAAUACAUCGUAGAAGUGAUACGCGCCUUACAGGGUCGCAUCGUCAAUCUCCAUGAUGUUCCGUCGCUAGCUCCAUUUUUCUUUAUUGAACCAAAUUAUUCGACAGAUGAGGCCAAAGCAAUGAUACGAUCCAUGACUUCUUCUGAUUAUAAUAAUUCUGUGCAGGCGGUGGCUCGACGGCUCAGUGUUCAAUCAUCGGAGACGAUAGAUAUUUCAGGGGUACUCCAUGACGAAGCUGACAAGUCGGGGCUUAAACAGAGAAUAUUCAUGACUGCUGUUCGACACGCUCUUACUGGAAUGAAGUCUGGUCCCAGUAUCCCAGAAAUAGUUGGAGUGCUCGGUAUACAGAGGACUUUAGCGCGACUUAAAUAUGCAGUUCAUAUGGGUCAUGUUGAUACACAAUCAAUCUGAUCAUUGUCCACGAAUAUAAAACUAUUGCGUACAGGA